GGCCAGCGAGGGGUAGAGAAGGCAUGUUUCCUCUGGCGCUGCCUCUACUGCUCGCCGCGGCCGCCCUAGCCGCCUGGUUCUGGGGGCAGCUGAGGCGCCCUCCGGGAUUCCCGCCAGGUCCGACGUGGUUUCCCCUGGUGGGCAACCACCCUGGCGUCCGUCAGCUGAGCAAGAAACUGGGAUCGCAGCACCAGGCGUUCACAUAUCUCGCCCAGAAGUACAAGUCGCCCGUGGUGGGCCUUCGUCUGGGCGGUGACCUAACAGUCAUCGUCUCCACCAGAAGCCUCAUACGAGAGGUGCUCACGCGACCAGAGUUUGAAGGACGGCCGCAGAACUUCUUCGCGUACCUGCGCAGUCUGGGUCUGAGAAAGGUGCCAGAAGGGCUGCAACUAGAACAGGAAAUGGAGGUAAUCCACACAUGGCAGCAGUAG